CUUGAUGUCAUACACUAAAUUAUAAAGGGUGUGCGCUCUUACGUCUUUGCGCGUCUUAGUUCUCAUCUUUCUACAGCAUUUUCCAGCAAAACUAAGACGAUAGCACGAUGGAAGAUGAUGGUGCCAAAAGUCAUUCAAGCCAUUUUCUCGAAAACAAGACCAUAGUCAUUGCGGGAGCAGGUCUUGCGGGCUCCGCAUUUGUCGUUGGCCUCCAAAAGCUCUGGAACCCGAAACUCAACCCGCCAACUAUCAUCAUCUACGAACGCGAUGCACCUGAGAUCGCUGCUCAGAGGGAGACUUAUACUUUGUCUCUGACUGGAUUUGACGAUUCAGGUGGCCUUGUUGCGUUGAAGAAUCUCGGUUUGCUUGAUCACGCGCUGAAGCACGCUAUAUCUGGACUUGAGGGAGCUGGUGCUUUCAAGAUAUGGGAUUCAAGUUGGAAUGAGCAAGUUGCUUUCCGCAGGAAACCAGUUGCAGGCAUUCCGUCAACUAGCGUUCGAAUUGCGCGAAAAGAUAUCCGCCAAGUCCUUCACAAUACAUUCGAUCUUGGCGAUCAGUGUGCCAUCUACUGGGAAUCAAAAUGCGUGUCUGCUACCCAGCUUCCAGACGGUCGCAUAAGAGUGAGAGUUGUUCGGGGAGAAGAUGCCCAAGAGAUCGAACAAGAGUGUGAUCUCCUCAUAGCCGCUGACGGAGCGAAUAGUAAGCUGCGACAAAGCCUGCGUCCAUUUGACACGUUGUGUCAUGGCGGCGCAGUUCUCAGAGGAGGAGUAGCCAGAUUCGAAGACGCCCUUCCGCAGCCACCAGGUGAGGAUUGGGGCUUUGUUGUCUCUCGCACUGGCGUCUCAGCUUUCUUUUCUCCAGUUGACAAGCACAGGAUCUUCUGGGCUGUAGGUCAAAAUGAACAUCAGAUGUGCAAUCUGGAUCGCAGCUCGCCAACUCAGCUACAAGCAGUCAUAGAACAGAGCCUUGAUCUUGGGUCACAUAUCGCAGAGCCCUUUCGGAGCAUAGUCAGGCGCACCGAUCCUGAGACGGUUCUGCUCUUAAAUUCACGAGACAAGCUGCCGUUCGCUCAUUACAACAUAUCUGAAGCACCGGUUGUCUUUCUCGGUGAUAGCAAUCAUGCCCUCAGCGCGUUUGCAGGCAUUGGGGGCAACUUGGCAUUGGUGGAUGGAUGGGAUUUAGCAAACCAGAUUUGCAAGCAUAACAGCCUGCAGGAUGCUGUCCAGGCGUACGACAGCCUCAGCGUACCAAGAGCGACACGAGAUGUCAAGCGAUCCAGGCGGCUAGUAAAAAGUGCUCACGACACCGGUUGGCGAUAUUGCCUGUUUUGGUGCAUGUUGUUUGUUGGCAAGUUUGUGAGAUGGACCUUGAAUAAGAUGGGCCGCUGAGUUCCAGAAGCGGCAGUUUACAUAAGACGCGGAGAUUUAUGGAGAAGUGGCAGUUUGGAGACCCAGAUUUAUGCAGGAGGAGGCUAGAACAAUGACAGCUCAGUUGUAAAUAACGUCGUGUAGAGACGACGCUAGAUGAUUAAUUCAUUUCGUGCUUCAGAAACAGGAAUAUUGCUAAUUUUGCGACUCUUUCUGGAAAAAUGCUGACUGAAUAAGAGAACGAAUUGGGUUCUACAGGUACCUAGGCAUUAGCUAAGAACGUC